CACGCCAAAGAAUGGUGAAUGAAGUGUAAAAUUACCGAAUGCAUAAACAAAUCGAACAACAAUAACAAACACGGUGUGAUCCAGGCGCGCUGCUGGCCGCGGUCCAGCCUUCUGACAACAGGAGAGGAUUGUAAUCCAGUAGCCUCCCCUAAGACCAGCCCGGGAAUCUGCAUGCCGCAUUACCCUUAUGUUCGCAGGCUGGGCGGCGUUGCUAGGAAACAUGAGACGGGUACUUUAUGCAUGUGCCCGGGCGGACCAUCCAAGUUUGAAGAAAUAAAGCGAAGAGGCGGCCGCGGUUCGUGUGGUUAUGGCUGAGGAACGAAGUACAGGCAGGAUGUGAAGAGGGGACUGGGACACGGCGCAUAAACCUUCAGGGACACGACACAGUAACUGCCUUUUCCAGUUACGAAUCCCCACGCCGGCUUGAAUAGUUGCAAGGUGAGAAACGCGACGAAAAGAAACACACCAAAGAUGAACACAAUCGUGUUUAAUAAACUGAGCACGCAGGUGCUUUUUGAAGAGAAGGCCAAAGAAGUGGAGAGGAGCAGCAGGAACUAUUUGGAAGUCAUCGAAGGACAACAUCCAGAAAUGAUGAGCCAAAGCAGCCAGACUCUCAAAGACAGCGCCGCUGGAUUGAAACACAGACGGUCCGGGUCUCGUCAGAAUGGCGGAAAAGUGAGACACAAACGUCAAGCCCUGCAAGAUAUGGCUCGACCGCUCAAGCAAUGGCUGUACAAGCACAGAGAUAAUCCUUAUCCAACAAAGACGGAAAAAAUUUUGCUCGCACUUGGAUCUCAGAUGACAUUAGUGCAGGUGUCCAACUGGUUCGCAAAUGCAAGGCGAAGGCUUAAGAACACUGUGAGACAACCCGAUUUAAGCUGGGCCUUACGGAUUAAACUGUAUAAUAAAUACGUCCAAGGGAAUGCCGAACGCCUCAGCGUGAGCAGCAAUGACACCUGUUCAGAAGAUGUCGAACUUCCCACACGGAGCCAAGCCAACGUAAACGAGUUUAGUAAACCCAUAUACCAGAGCGUUGUUAAAAAUGAAGGCACGACAGCUGGCGCAGGACUGAGAACAGACACCUCUCUUGGAGAGGAUUACGUAUCUCCACCCAAAUACAAGAGCAGUUUACUUCACCGGUACCUCAAUGACUCUCUACGUCAUGUCAUGGUUUCCAACUCUGCAUUUGUGGACUCAAGGAAGCGAAACCAUUCAGGCUCUUUCAGCUCAAAUGAAUACGAGGAAGAAAUACUGUCACCUUCAUCAUCUGAGGCUGAGGCCCAUUUUGUGUAUAGAUCUGAAACUGUGGAACACGGACCAAAUAAAUGUGGCAACAUCCCGAAGGAGAAAGGAGGAAAAGGCAGCGACGAGACCUACUGGAAAGAAAUCAACGCAGCCAUGGCUUUGACGAACCUUGCUCAAGGGAAGGAAAAAAUAUCAGGGACAACCAGCUGCAUCAUACAGAAAUCCUCCCAUAUAGCGGAAAUAAAGACUGUCAAGGUGCCCAUUGUGCAGACCUUCUAAAAAAAAAUU